UUUCAGUCCCUAUUUGGAACUGCUCUCGCGGCAGUUCAGACCUCGUGCUCGUCUCCCUCGCCUGUCUGUGUGUGGUAUCCGCAGGUCCGGGGCACUUUUUUUGGUGCGAGUGUGUGUGUGUGCGCGUGUGUGUGUGUUUGGGGGGAUUGUCGGGGCGCGAGAGGAGAGCCGAGCCGAGGGGAAGGAAGGAAGCCACAGAGCUCCCCGGUCUCGGGCUGCUUCUCCCUUCCAGCGCUCUCCUGCCUGCGCGCUCCGAGGCGGCGGUGGCGGCACCGAGCGCUCCUCGCUGGGGACUCGGCUCUCAAGCAGGGAGCAGCGAGGACCCCUUUGAUGCGGCUUCCUGUGCCUGCUGGAGUUAGGAUGCCAGGGUGGUUGAUUCCCACCUACUGAGCCCGGAGUUUCCUCCUCGGCCCUGGGAAGGGCUUGCAGCGGCGGCGGCAGUAACAGACAGAACAGCAGGCUCUCCUCUCCGGGGGGGGGGGGGGUCGAAGCGCCCGCGCCGGGCUCCCGCCCUCACCCUCCGGCACUCCUGCGGCCCCAAGCCGCCACCCCGGUGCCUGCCUCCUUCCUCUUCUCGCCGAGAGCCGCCCCUGGGAUCGGACCCGCGCGCCCCGGAUGCUGGGGCUGCCCCGGCGCGCCUCCCUCCUGGCGCGACGCGCUGAGUGAACCGGAGGGCGCCCGCGCUUGCCCCAGGAGGGGCCCCCUAACCUCGGGACCCCGCGCCGGACCCGCCGGGUAGACGACGAUGUCCGCUCAGCCCCCGGCUUUGACGCGCUCCACGCAGCGGGGGGAAGGCGGCCGGCCACAGCCCGCCGAGCCCUAGGUGCACAAAGCCCGCGCCCGCCGCCCGGCCUCGGCGCCCGCCGACGACUUUGCCGCCUGCUUCGCGGCUCUUUGUCUCCGCUUGGGGCGGGCGCCCGACUCUGGGAUUUCGGUGUGAGAGCGGGCUGGGGGGGCCGGGGACGAGCUCUCGGUUUCCCGGCCGCCCCCCGCUCGGGCUUGGCUCCCCCCUCCCCCGCAUCUCCCCUGCCCGGGCUCUCGGCGCUUCCACGCUCUCGGAAUCACGACCCCUCCCUGCCAUGUAUCCGCAAGGCAGACAUCCGGCUCCCCAUCAACCCGGGCAGCCGGGAUUUAAAUUCACGGUGGCUGAGUCUUGUGACAGGAUCAAAGACGAAUUCCAGUUCCUGCAAGCUCAAUAUCACAGCCUCAAAGUGGAAUACGACAAGCUGGCGAACGAGAAGACGGAGAUGCAGCGCCAUUAUGUGAUGUACUACGAGAUGUCCUAUGGAUUGAACAUUGAAAUGCACAAGCAGACAGAGAUUGCGAAGAGACUGAACACGAUUUUAGCACAGAUCAUGCCUUUCCUGUCACAAGAGCACCAGCAGCAGGUGGCGCAGGCGGUGGAGCGAGCCAAGCAGGUCACCAUGACGGAGCUGAACGCCAUCAUCGGGGUACGUGGACUCCCCAAUCUGCCUCUCACCCAACAGCAGCUCCAGGCGCAGCACCUCUCCCACGCCACGCACGGCCCCCCGGUGCAGCUGCCGCCCCACCCGUCAGGCCUCCAGCCUCCAGGGAUCCCCCCGGUGACGGGGAGCAGCUCAGGGCUGCUGGCGCUUGGUGCCCUGGGCAGCCAGGCCCACCUGUCGGUGAAGGACGAGAAGAACCACCAUGAACUGGAUCACAGAGAGAGAGAAUCCAGCACGAAUAACUCAGUGUCGCCCUCGGAAAGCCUGCGGGCCAGUGAGAAGCACCGGGGCUCCGCCGACUACAGCAUGGAAGCCAAGAAGCGGAAAGCAGAGGAGAAGGACAGUCUGAGCCGAUACGACAGUGACGGGGACAAGAGUGACGAUCUGGUGGUGGACGUUUCCAAUGAGGACCCAGCGACGCCCCGGGUCAGCCCGGCACACUCCCCUCCUGAAAACGGGCUGGACAAGGCCCGUGGCCUGAAGAAGGACGCUCCCACCAGCCCCGCCUCGGUGGCCUCCUCCAGCAGCACGCCCUCCUCCAAGACCAAAGACCUUGGUCAUAAUGACAAAUCCUCCACCCCUGGGCUCAAGUCCAACACACCAACCCCAAGGAACGAUGCCCCAACUCCGGGCACCAGCACAACCCCAGGACUCCGGUCGAUGCCGGGCAAGCCUCCGGGCAUGGACCCGAUAGGUAUAAUGGCCUCGGCCCUGCGCACGCCCAUCUCCAUCACCAGCUCCUACGCUGCGCCCUUUGCCAUGAUGAGCCACCAUGAGAUGAACGGCUCCCUCACCAGCCCCAGCGCCUACGCCGGCCUCCACAACAUCCCACCCCAGAUGAGCGCGGCUGCCGCCGCUGCUGCCGCCGCCUAUGGCCGAUCGCCAAUGGUGAGCUUUGGAGCUGUUGGGUUUGACCCUCACCCCCCGAUGCGGGCCACGGGCCUGCCCUCCAGCCUCGCCUCCAUUCCUGGUGGAAAACCAGCCUACUCCUUCCACGUGAGUGCUGACGGGCAGAUGCAGCCCGUGCCCUUCCCCCACGAUGCCCUGGCAGGCCCCGGCAUCCCCAGGCACGCCCGGCAGAUCAACACGCUGAGCCACGGGGAGGUGGUGUGUGCGGUGACCAUCAGCAACCCCACGCGGCACGUCUACACAGGUGGCAAGGGCUGCGUGAAGAUCUGGGACAUCAGCCAGCCGGGCAGCAAGAGCCCCAUCUCCCAGCUGGACUGCCUGAACAGGGACAACUACAUCCGCUCCUGCAAGCUGCUCCCCGACGGGCGCACGCUCAUCGUGGGCGGCGAGGCCAGCACGCUCACCAUCUGGGACCUGGCGUCACCCACGCCCCGCAUCAAGGCCGAGCUGACUUCCUCGGCUCCGGCCUGCUACGCCCUGGCCAUCAGCCCCGACGCCAAAGUCUGCUUCUCCUGCUGUAGCGACGGGAACAUUGCCGUGUGGGACCUGCACAACCAGACCCUAGUCAGGCAGUUCCAGGGCCACACGGAUGGGGCCAGCUGCAUAGACAUCUCUCAUGACGGCACCAAGCUAUGGACCGGAGGCCUGGACAACACCGUGCGCUCCUGGGACCUGCGGGAGGGCCGGCAGCUGCAGCAGCACGACUUCACCUCCCAGAUCUUCUCGCUGGGUUACUGCCCCACCGGGGAGUGGCUGGCCGUGGGCAUGGAGAGCAGCAACGUGGAGGUGCUGCACCACACCAAGCCCGACAAGUACCAGCUGCACCUGCACGAGAGCUGCGUGCUAUCCCUCAAAUUCGCCUACUGCGGCAAGUGGUUUGUGAGCACUGGGAAGGAUAACCUUCUCAACGCCUGGAGGACACCGUAUGGAGCUAGCAUAUUCCAGUCUAAGGAAUCCUCAUCUGUCUUGAGUUGUGACAUUUCGGCGGAUGACAAAUAUAUUGUAACAGGCUCUGGUGACAAGAAGGCCACGGUUUAUGAGGUCAUCUACUAAACAAGGACUGUAACAGGGCUGUCAAACUCCGGGAGAAACAGACUCAGCUGUGCCGGGGAGACCCCGGCGAGGGGCUCCGUGGACGUGGAGGAUGGGCGGCAAGCGGGCCAGCGCUGUACUCCGGCGGCUGAGAAGGUGCCCCCAUCACAGUCGGGACUCCCAGGCGUGGAUUGAUGGGACUCACGGACUCUGAUGGAUUUCUCCUCUCCUCCCCUUAACGAUCCUGGCAGAUGCUACACAUAGAUUUAUUCGGGGGCUCGUGGCUCCAGCUCCCCACAGACGCCCUCAUGAAUCUUUCCUUCCCCUCUUGUUUUUGAUGUGUUCCCCUGCCCUGGCUCGGGGACACUGGAGCGUGGACCACACGUUUGUGCCAGGGGAGGGGGGGUUUCACGUCCCUGACUGUGCAGCGCACGAGGUUUGUGAAAAGUGUAAAUAACAGACUCCUAUCUCGGACUGGUCAGCGGGGGGAGGAGGCCCCUUCCCACCGGCAACGCCAGCCGUGUAUUUCGCCUGCUGUAUUUGUAAUCCACUCGUGGUGGUGGCUUUUUCUUUUUUUUUUUUUAAAAAAAAAAAAAACAAAAGUUCCCAUCUGGGAAGGGGAGGCAGGGAGCGGGGUGCAGAAUGGAGAGGGAGUAGAACGGGGAGAAAACUCCUGGGGUGGAGGAGAGGCACUACGGCUGGCAGCCAGGUUGGCUACCAGGUACCCCCCGGACAAGUGUAUCUCCGUGUGGACCUGGGAAUCGAUUGAGGCGUGUCAGGACCAAGCUCCAGACAGACUGACGGACUGACAGAGCUUGAGAUGGGUGUCAGCCCGGGUGACGGCAGCAGAAAUGGUGGGUUUUUCUGUAGUCCCCUGAGCUCCAUGCUCCCCUUUCAGGUGUCUGACCCCCUGUCUGUCUGUCUGUCUGUCUCUCUCUCUCUCUCUCCCUCUCUCCCUCCCUCCCUCCCUCCCACCCACCCUGACCUCCAUCUCUCUUUGGUGCACAUUUGGUUAUCGUGGUGAGAAAUGGAAGUUCAAAGCCACUCUGUCUCCGGCCCUUCUUCAUCUUCGGACACAACCUAAAAAGGACACGAAGUUAGAGGAAAGCAUAGCGACUCAGCUCAGGGAGCUACCAGAGAAAAAAUAGCAACUGAUGUGGGUGCUUUUUUUUUUUUUUUUUUUUAAUUUGAAUAAAAGGAAUUAGAAGUGAUGUCCUUUCAUAAAAUGCCUCCUCUCCCCUUUCCUGCCUCUGACCUCCUCUCUCCUUAGAGGGAAAGUGUGUAUUUAACCUGCAGAGCUGUGAGUCAGGUUUAUCUCCCCCCUGCCUGGGGCGAGGGGACUUGGGGUUGGGCUGGGGGCACACUGGGCUGACUUCUUGUAGCUUCCCGUCUCUCUUAGGAGCCCAGACAGCUUACAGCUAGAAUAUCGUCUCCUGCAGGUGCCACUUUUUGGUACCAAAAUGUUCUGAGGUGUUAGGAUUUGGGUGGGUUUUUGGUCUUUGGGGUUUUUUUUUUUUUUUCCUUUUUUCCUUUUGGUCUUAUUUUUUCUUCUUCUAAGGAAAAGCUAAAGGGCGUCGUGAGUCCUGGUGGUGGGCUCUCCAUGGAUGUAGCAUAUGGAAGAUAAUUUUUAUACUGCAUUUUUAUGGAUUAUUUUAUAAUGUGUGAUUCUGUCUGGUGAGAAGGAAGGAGGGGCUCUGGUGAACCACGCCCCUCACCCCCCCACCCCCACCCCACCCCCGCUCUUGUUCCUGGGUGAGCCCCUCCCCCAACCUGGCAUGGGAGGCUGCAGAGACGCAAGGUGCGUUCCCUUUCUAAGGCUGGGGAGACGUAUCCAGAGUCUGUCUGUGUCUCUCUCUCUCUCUCUCUCUCUCUCUCUCUGUCUCUCUCCCUCCCUCUCUCCCUCCUCUCUCUGGGUCUCAGAUGCUCAGCUGCCACCUCUUGUUAAGGCUCUCCCCACAAGGGAGGGCGAGGGUGGAAGACAAGUUGAUUCCUGAAGAAAAGAAAAAAUGAAAAGUCAUUGUAAUGAGCUGUUUUUAUAUUUUUAAAAGUUACUAUUUAAAGGUU